AUGCUGGCCACGACUGUCAGCAGUAUUGGCGAUCUCGAAGCCAAGCUUUCAACGGCUGUGACGGGUUCUCUGACGGCCACCCCGGAAGCACAGCCCGUGGUGCUUGUCUUUGGGGGCCAGGAGAGCGAUUUUGUUGGCAUAUCAGAAAACCUGUACCGGUCCUGCAAAGUUUUCCGCCAGAACGUGGAUGCUGUUGAUGCCCUUGUCGUCACCAGCGGUCAGGAUAGCAUCCUCCCCGCCGUCUUCCAACGUGAGCCGCCAAGCCGCUUAGUCAGCCUUCACACUGCCCUGUUCGCGGUCCAGUACGCAUCGGCCAAGUCUUGGAUGGACUGCGGACUACGUGUGGAUGCCGUUAUCGGGCACAGCUUUGGCCAACUGACGGCACUGUGCAUCUCCGGUGUUCUGUCACUGUCAGAUGCCGUCAAACUGGUAUCCGGGAGGGCAUUACUGAUGCAGGAGCACUGGGGCCUUGAGCCCGGGUCUAUGCUGGCUUUGCAGACUGACCGGAAAACGGUGCAGGAGCUGCUGGCUAAGUUGGACGAUACGCUUUAUGCUGAGAUUGCAUGCUACAAUGGACCCAAGAGUCAUGUUGUCGUGGGGGCCAUCGACGCUCUCCAGAAGGACAUUUCGGACUCGCCCCGUCUUUGUGCUUCCUUCACGCAUCCGCUAUUGUCACACCUCGCCGCGCUCGCAGGAGAACUGGAAUGGAAGCGCCCGGCGAUCCAUCUGGAGACGACAGACGAGCUGGAGAGCAUUGCCGAGCCUGACUUCAGCAUCGUUGCCGGACACACAAGGCUCCCGGUUUUCUUCCAAAACGCCGUCCAGAGGCUCACGGAAAAGUUUCAUCGCUGCACAUGGAUUGAGGCGGGCCGUGGUGACUCCGUCCUCCAGCUCGUCAAAGCGUCCAUAACCAACACACAAGGCCAUGUCUUCCACUCUCCUCCGCUCACGUCCACCGCUGCGGAACAUGCACUUGUGGACAUCACCGUUGACCUUUGGAACAGAGGGUACUCGACACAGUACUGGCCGUUCCAUCGGAGCGAGAAGUGUAUGUACGGCGACCUCGAUCUUCCUUCUAUCCAGUUCGACAAGACUCGUUAUUGGCUUGGCUUUCAGAGAAGGGCUACCGAGAAGGCAGACGGAGAAGCAGCUCUUCAACUUCUGGGAGGACACGUCAUGGGUGGCCAGACGCUUGCCCCGGCCUCUCUGUACUUUGAGGUUGUUGCUCACGCCGCCUUGUUCCUCCAGGGUGAUUCCAAAGCGGAGUUUCAUGUGCUGGUCGUUGACGAUCUGCACAUGCAGACGCCCAUCGGUCAAGAUGUUAACACCAAGGUGUUCCUUGUGUUGAAGAGGCUCCACGAUAGCGAACGUCUUGCGUGGUCCUUCAGUUUCAAAACACAGCCGUGCGAAGCGCCCAACGCUGAGCCGUUUGAGGUAUCGACGGGCCGUGUCUGUCUUCGGCUCCGCAACGACAAGCAACAGGCCCGUGACUUUGAGCGGUAUGAGAGCCUGACGGGCCAUCGCAGAUACGAACAGGUGGUGCACCAUCCCGAAGCCGACAAGAUGCAGGGCCGACACAUCUACCGUGCCUUCAACACGGUCGUGUUCUACGACAAGCCGUUUCACGGGAUCAAGGAAGUGGCGAGUGUCGGAUUCGAGGCGGCCGGCAAGGUGAGGGCGAUGCCCAGUCCCGACGAUCCGGCGGACCAACGCCUCGUCGACACGCCUAUGAUAGACAGCUUCAUGCAGUUUGCCGGCUUCUUGGUGAACUACUUCAACAACCCGAGCAGUGAGGACGUGUUCGUCUGCGGAAAGAUUGAGCACAUCGAACUGGGCGGCAACUUCGAUCCUGACGCCGGCGAGUGGCUCGUGUACGCCACCAUGGGCGAAGGGGGCGAAACCGACGCCUGGUCAGAUGCGUACAUCUUUGACGCCCGAACCAAGAAAAUGGUCAUGGCCGCGUUUGGCUUCCGCUUCUCCCGGAUAUCCAGGACGCUUCUCGGCCGGAUCUUGAAAAACGUGAACAAGUCUGCCAAUGCAACCGAAUCAACGGCGCAGGUCGACAACCUCGUCCCUGUGAAACACACACGUUCGGCAGCAUUGGCUUCUCGAGCGAACCAGCCUGCAGGAAAAAAGCGGGAGCUCCUUAAGGUCCUGUCGAAUGUGACAGACGUCCCGGUCGAAGACAUUGGGGAUGAGUCCACACUGGACGAUCUCGGCAUUGACUCCCUGAUGGCUACGGAGGUUCUCAACGACAUCCGUGCCGCUUUGGGCCUGACGAUUGACCUGUCAAUCUUCUUGUUCACCCCCAAUAUAGCAGCCUUGACGUUGCUUGUGAACGAGAAGCUGGGAACAUGCGAGGAUAGUGACGCGGACUCGGGGAUUUCGGGGGUUUCGGGAGUUUCGAGAAAUUCCGAUGCGGGACCCGAGACACCUUCCAAAGAUGAGUCGUCGCAGCCGAAGUCGCCGAUCCUGUCUGCCCGCGACGCAUUCGACGAGACGCGGCUCAACUACGACCAACACGCCAAGACCACCGGAGCUGUGGGCUUUUGGCAGUAUGCCUACCCUUCCCAGGCGCGCCUGGUCCAGGCCUACAUUAUCGAGGCCUUUGCGGCCCUAGGCUGCGACCUUAGAACACUCGCGGCUGGCGACGAGGUGCUGCCCGUGAAAAGCCUCAGCAAGCAUGCCCAGCUCACACUUCAGUUCCACCGUGCCCUUGAAGAUGGCGGCCUCAUCAUCGCACACACAAACGGCUCUUUUGCCCGGACCGCACGUGACAUCGAUCCCACUCCCGCAGAGCAAAUCUACCAGGACAGCAUAUUUCAUCAUCCCCAGCAUGCGAGCGUCCUAAAGCUUGUCCGAGCUGUCGGCUCGGAAUUGGCAGCAUGUCUCAGUGGCAACAAGGAGGGAAUUCAGGUCGUCUUUGGCAACCGAGACACAAAGAAGACGCUUGAAGAGAUGUACGAGUUCUGGCCGCUGCUCCGAACGCCCACUCUUGUUCUGGGCGAUUUCCUGGAAAAGGCCAGCAGAAACGUUGCCGGGCACAGAAAAUUUCGCAUUCUGGAGAUCGGCGCGGGCACCGGAGGCACGGCGCGGUAUCUUCUCCAACACCUGCGAAAUCUUCACAUCGACUUUGAGUACGUCUUUACCGACCUGGGCGCUUCGCUGGUCAAUGCGGCCUCCAAGAGCUUCAAGGGCCACGAGGCAGGUGGCGAUCUGGCAUUCGACGUGCUGGACAUUGAAAAAGAGCCCAAUAUCGAGUACAAGGGCCGGUUCGACGGGGUCAUAGCAACCAACUGCAUCCAUGCCACGCGCGACCUGGGCGUAUCGCUUCGACACGCGAGGCAAAUGCUUCGCGACGACGGGGCCCUUGCGCUUGUCGAGAUCACGCAGAAUAUGUACUGGCUCGACGUUGUCAGCGAUGGCACCUGCCCGGAAGCCGCGACCGUCAGAGUCAUUGCGGCUUUUCCGGGCACGGAUGGUGAUGAGCUUGCAGUCGUGCCCGAACGGCAGGUCAAGGCGGCCAUAGAGACGGUUGUGUACAAGACAAUCGGAGACAUGGACAUCCAUGCCGAUAUCUACUACCCCCUUGAGGGCGAGCAGGUGCUAUGGGGAAGAAAACUGCCUGUCGCUUUGAUGAUCCACGGCGGAAGCCACAUGCUCUUCAGCAGAAAAGACGUACGACCCGCCCAGACUCGCCUCUUGCUUAAUCGUGGAUUCUUGCCCGUCAGCAUAGACCACCGGCUCUGUCCCGAGGUCGGUCUCCAAGAUGGGCCCAUGGUCGACGUAUGCGACGCCUACGACUGGGCGCGCAACACGCUCUCCAAGAUCCGACUUCCAAACCCCGGCCUCCAGGUAGACGGCGAGAAAGUGUUCGUCGUCGGAUGGUCCUCGGGUGGACAGCUGGCCAUGUCACUUGGCUGGACGGCACCACAGCGCGGCCUGCCACCUCCAGUGGCCAUGAUCGUCUUCUACGCGCCAACCGAUUACGAGGAUGCCUGGUGGCAGAGCCCGAUCGAGCCCAAUGGGGCGCCGUACCAGGGGCAGCAGUACGAUGUCCUCGAAGGCGUCCGGGACAAGCCCAUUUCUCAAUACGACACGGUGGUUGCAUGGGAGGAGCUCCUCACAUACCCGCGCAACUUGCUCGAUGCCCGCUGCCGCAUCGUCAUGCACAUCAACUGGAAGGCGCAGACGCUUCCCGUGAUUCUGAACGGGUUGCCUAGCAAGAAACGAGCACUGGCUGCCUUUGCAGAGGAGCAAGACUGGGGUAAGCUGCCGCAGCCGCCCCUCGACGUGAUCCGAGCGGCAAGCCCGAGAGCACACAUCCGCAAUGGCAGCUUCAAGGUGCCGACCUUCUUUGUCCACGGCACCGCGGAUGACCUGAUUCCGUGGGAGCAAGCCGCAGGCACCCAUCGCACGAUGUCUGAGCUGGGCCUCGAGUCCGAGAUGGUCCUGGUCGACGGUGCGCCGCACAUCUGCGAUCUAAGCAGCGAUCCAAAGUCAGAUGGAUGGAAAGCUGUUUUGCGAGCGUACAAUUUCCUUGCUUCGCAUAUUUAG